ACUUGAAGCUCUAGCAGGGUGCUGAGUAGCUCCAGCUACAUGCCACGGAGCUGUGAAAGUAAAUCGCUUCACUGGGAGCAAGGGGAAGUCCAGCAUAUUGUUUUGCAGACUUUGCCUACAGCUGCUUUGCAGUAUAGGCAUAGAAUAUAUACACCUGGGAAAGCAAUCAGAGCGAGAUGGACUUCCAGCGCAGAGCUCAGCCGUACCCCAUCCCAGAGGAUCAAGAGGUUGUGUACAAGGUCGCUCCUGAUGCUCACAACUCGGCAGGAAAUGAAGACGAGAAACCAGUGUCAAAAUUGCAACGUAGGCACAGUGAAAUAAAACUCUAUAAAGAGUUUUGUGACUUUUAUGCAAGAUUCAACAUGGCGAACGCGCUUGCAAACGCCAUCUGCGAGCGCUGCAGGGGGGGCUUUGCCCCUGCCGAGAAAAUUGUCAACAGCAAUGGUGAGCUGUACCACGAGCAGUGCUUCGUCUGCGCCCAGUGCUUUCAGCAGUUCCCUGAAGGGCUCUUCUAUGAGUUUGAAGGGAGGAAAUACUGUGAACAUGAUUUUCAAAUGCUUUUUGCCCCUUGCUGCCAUCAAUGUGGUGAGUUCAUUAUUGGUCGUGUUAUUAAAGCCAUGAACAAUAGCUGGCAUCCAGAGUGCUUCUGCUGUGAUAUCUGCCAAGUAGUAUUGGCUGAUAUUGGAUUUGUCAAGAAUGCUGGCAGACAUCUCUGUCGUCCUUGCCAUAACAGGGAAAAAGCCAGAGGCCUGGGAAAGUACAUUUGCCAGAAGUGUCAUGCCAUUAUUGAUGAACAGCCUCUCAUAUUCAAAAAUGAUCCUUAUCACCCUGAUCAUUUCAACUGUGCAAACUGCGGGAAGGAACUUACUGCUGAUGCUCGUGAGCUGAAAGGAGAACUCUAUUGCUUACCCUGCCAUGACAAAAUGGGUGUCCCCAUCUGUGGGGCAUGUAGGAGACCAAUUGAAGGCCGUGUGGUGAAUGCUAUGGGUAAACAAUGGCAUGUGGAGCAUUUUGUUUGUGCAAAAUGUGAAAAGCCAUUCCUGGGUCAUCGUCAUUAUGAGAGAAAAGGCUUGGCAUAUUGUGAAACCCACUAUAAUCAGCUGUUUGGUGAUGUUUGUUUCCAUUGCAAUCGUGUGAUUGAAGGAGAUGUUGUGUCUGCUCUGAAUAAGGCAUGGUGUGUGAAUUGUUUCGCUUGUUCAACUUGCAACACUAAGUUAACCCUCAAGAAUAAAUUUGUUGAGUUCGAUAUGAAGCCUGUCUGCAAAAAGUGUUACGAGAAGUUUCCUCUAGAGCUGAAGAAAAGACUGAAGAAAUUAGCUGAAACUUUGGCAAGGAAGUAAAGACUUCAUCUGCUCUCCUCUUCCUUUAUGAAAAUCUUAUAGAUACUCCUUGGGGGGGAGAGGAGAGUUGCUGCUUUGAGGCUGCAGUCAGACAACAAAUGCUGAUGCAUGCCUUCUAUCAACCCCAAAUAUAUUAAGAUUCUCUGUUCUCUGUACAUGUAUGCUUACUUGUUGACAAACAGACCAUACUUCCAAAAUAAAUACCAGCUCACCUGAAAGAUUUCUGACCAGUAAUGCCAUUGUACUGAUGCAGGUGGCCCAUUCUGUACACUAAUUCUCUGUGGAACUCCUCAGAGAGAGAAAAUUUGCUUGUGAACACCACCUGUGAAAACAAGCUUUGCAAAUGUGCCCAGCUUUAGGGAUGCGUAUUGUCAUUUAUGUUUGUGAGAAUAUUAACCAUUGUGUUAAGCAUGCAAACAAAACUUGCCCAGUUCAAGUGAUUUGGGCAGGAAACCAGUAUACUUUGCCUCAUGGAAAAAUUCACAAUUGGAUUUUGGGCCAAGUCAUCUAAGGAGCCUUAUUCCAGAUGGUUUGAAAACUAUCAGAUUUCUAAAUACAGGCACUGUACAAAUGACAUACAUAAAAUGAUAAAAAGGAUAGAUUAUGCUUACAUGAUGAAUGUUUCUACAUCAGGCUUAGCAUGAGAUACUUACAUUAAAAAUGUAUUCCUAUUGCAAGAAAUGACCAUACUUAGAACUACUUGAAUUUUGCUAUAUUCCACUUAAAAUAACACAUUAACUUCUAUAUAUGCUUUUGCAUUCUAUUUACUUUUUGUGCCUUACUCUGCUGGACCAUACAUAACAGUGCACCAUUAAAUAUAUAUAGUUUUAUAUUUUAUUUCAUAUUUUUAUGCAGAAACUAUAUAGAAGGCAUUUUCAAAAGAUAACAUAUUUUGCCUUAAUUAUACAGGAUGCAAGAAGUAUUUUAUUUGAAAUGUGAACAUCUGCAUUUAAAAUUUAGCCUUUAGACUUCAUUGUUUCUCAGAAUAAUACUGAAAAUGUGUAUUUCAAUUAACUGGCAAUAUUACUUUUACACCUCUGAGUGUAAAUAUGCAAGGUUUGAUCCUGCUAGGAUCUACUUCUUUAGCCAUCCUCAAGGACUGAGCUUAAAAUUAAUCGAAAUUCUUUAUAACAUACAUUUAAGUGUUUUAUACUAUUGAGUUCUGUCCAUGCUGAUUUGUUUUAUUUUUCCCCAUUCUUAUAGAAAAUACAGCUACUUAGGUCUUCUUGAUGGUACGAAGUAUGCAAACUUUUUUUUUUUUUUUUUUACUUUUGUACUUUAGUGACUUAAACAGAUUUUAUGUAAUUACGUAACAGGAAGUAAAGUUUUCUUUCCUGUUAAUGAAAAAUUAGUUCCUUUGAAACAUCUGCUUUCCUGUGUCAUCAAUAAAGGCCAUGUUGUUAAAUCCUGUA